AUGAAGCUGGCCCACAGUCUCAGCUCCACAUUUGGCCUCCAGUGUUGCCUCCUUUUCCUUCUAGCUUCUUGGGAGGCAGGUGCUACUACAUUUCAAGAAUGGCAAGAAGCUGGUAAAUCUCCAACAUCUGAUCAUUCAUUCCCCCUCACUUUCAGUCCUGUUUAUGGUUCUCCCUCUGUCCACAUUGUUCUGCAUUCAGGACAAAGACUUCCAGACCUCCCUAAAUCUACAGAAACUCAGAAGCUAAAACACCACUGCAACUCCACACAUCAUUCUAAGCCAAUGCACAAACCUAAAGACAACUCCAAAGUUACAGACCAGAAAAGAUCUACAGUUGAUCAUGAAGCUCCUUCCACAUCUAAACAAAACUCCAGCAAUCAAGGAAAAGAACCAAUUAUCCGGAAUGAGCGCUCUGUCAAUUCUGUUGACUUCACUACUACACAUAAAGAAUCCUCUGAUAAAAAGCAUCUAACCCCAGAUCCUAAGAGAAAAACUUGUAGGUCCACAACAAGAGACUCAAAUAAAACUACAAGACCUUUGGAAAAGACCACCAUUACUUUAGGAAAUAAAACUAACACCUCACAUGAGACUACACUUCCUUUCCACACCUCAGACAAUUCAGGAAGUAAUAAAACCCCAACAUCUUCCUCAGAAAAAAACACAGCAGCCACAAAAACAACAUACAAGGCCAUAAGAACCCCACAGAAGUCAGAAAAACCUGACGAUUAUAGAACUACAGUUGCCUCAGACACACUCCAGAUAAAAACUACAAAAUACAUUAAAGACACCAUGUCAGCUAGUGAGAAGACUACAAGAACUUCUGCAAAGUCUACAGAACAUGGAGAAGAGACCACAUUAGUCAAUAAGAAGACCACACCAUUCCCAGUAAAGCCCACACAACAUGAGAAGAAGACCACAUCAUCCAAUGAGAAGACUAUGCCAUCUCCAGGAAAUCCUAUGCAACAUGAGGAGAAGACCACAUUAUCCAAUGAGAAGACCACACCAUCCCCAGGAAAGCCUACACAACAUGGAGAGAAGACCACAUCAUCCAAUGAGAAGACCACACCAUCCCCAGGAAAGUCUACACAACAUGGAGAGAAGACCUCAUCAGUCAAUAAGAAGACUACACUAUCCACAGUAAAGACUACACAACAUGAAGAGAUCAUAUCGGCCCAUGAAAAGUCUACACCACCCUCAGCAAACCCUACAGAACAUGGAAAAAGGACCACAUCAUCCAAUGAGAAGUCCAUGCCAUCCUCAGGAAAGCCCACACAACAUGAGGAGAAUACCACAUCAGUCUAUGAAAAGACCACACCACCCUCAGUAAACCCUAUAGAACAUGAAAAAAAGACCACAUCACCCAAUGGGAAGUCUACACCAUCCCCAGUAAAGCCUACACAACAUGAGGAGAAAACCACACUACACUCAGCAAAGCUUACACAACAUGAGGAGAAAACCACACUACAUUCAGCAAACCCUACACAACAUGGAGAUAAGACCACAUCAUUCAGUGAGAAGCCCAUACUAUCCCCAGGGAAGCCCACACAACAUGAGGAGACCACAUCAGCCAAUGAGAAGACCAUACCACCCUCAGGAAACCCCACAGAACAUGGAGAAAAGACCACAUUAGCUAAUGAGAAGAUCACACCAUUCUCAGUAAAGCCCACACAACAUGAGGAGAAAACCACAUCAACCAAUGAGAAGACCACACCACCUUCAGCAAACCCUAUACAACAUGGAGAAAAGAGCACCUCAGCCAAUGAGAAGACCUCACCAUUCCCAGUGAAGCCCACACUACAUGUAGAUAGGACCAUAUCAGCCAAUAAGCAGACCAUAGCACACUCACCAAAGCCUACACAACAUGGAGAAAAGACCACAUCAGCCAAUGAGAAGAUCAUACAAUCUCCAGUAACGCCUACACAACAUGAGGAGAAGACCAUAUCAGCCAAUGAAAAGACCACGCUACCCUCUCCAAAUCCUACAGAGCAUGGAGAAAAGACCACCUCAGUCAAUGAGAAGACCACACCAUCAUCAGUAAAACCCACACAACAUGGAGAUGAGACCACAUCAGCCAACGAGCAGACCACAGCACCCUCACCAAAGCCUACACGAGAGAAGACCACAUCAGCCAACGAGAAGACCACAUUAGCUAAUAAGACCACAUCACCCCCAGAAAAUCCUACAGAACACAGAGAUAAGACCAUAUCAGCUAAUGAGAAGACCACACCCUCUGCAGUAAAGCCUACACCACAUAAAGAGAUCACAUCAGCAAAUGAGAAGACCACAUCAUUUUCAGCAAACCCUACACAACAUGGAGAUAAGACCACACUAGCCAAUGAGAAGACCACACCAUCCCCAGAAACACCCAUGGAACACCCAGAAAAGUCAACAUCAGCCAAGGGGAUAACCAUUAAAGCCUCAGCAAAGCCUACAGAACAGGAAGAAAAGACCACUAUAUCAGCCCAUGAGAAGAUGACACAAGUCCCAGAAAAGUCCACAGAACAAUCAGGAAAUAUCCAAUUAACCACAGAGAAAGCCACAAAAGCCCCAGAAAAGCCUACAGUACACCUAAAGAAGACUACAUUAAGCCUAUGGAAAACCACACCAGUCCUAACAAAGCCUACAGAAAACCUAGAAAAGACCACACUGGCUAGUGAGACCAUACAAAUCUCAGUAAAGUCUACAGACAACCAAGAAAAAACAGCAGCAGUCACAAAGACAAUAAGACCUCCAGUCAAGGUUACAGGAGACAAAUCCAUCACUACUGCCUCCCCUUCUCUAAAUAAGACUAAGGUUACCCAUUUGGUGCCCAUUGGUUCUUUUACAAUCACUGCAUCUAGAAAGGAGCUGAGUUCUAUGAUGUCAGAAGCCAUAGGAAACAAGAAUCAUCAAAACCAGAAUAAAGCUGGCUCACAAGCAGGUCUUCAUCCUGGACAAAUGGGGGAGAAUGAUUCAUUUCCUGCAUGGGCAAUAGUUAUUGUGAUUCUGGUGGCUGUGAUUCUCCUCCUGGUGUUCCUUGGCCUGAUCUUCUUGGUUUCUUACAUGAUGCGAACACGCCGUGCACUGACCCAGAACACCCAGGACAAUGACCCAGAGGAUGAGGGGGGCCCCAAUUCCUACCCAGUCUACCUGAUGGAGCAACAGACUCUUGGCAUGGGCCAGAUCCCUUCCCCACGAUGA